AUGACGUUAAGGCUCACUGAAGAAAAAGCCAAAAAAUUGAUGAAUUUGAUCACAAAGGCUCUACAAUCCCCUAAUAAUAUACAAAUUAGGGAGAUUGCUCGAAUUAUUGGUCAUAUGGUUUCUUCAUUUCCUGCCGUAAAAUAUGGUCCUUUAUAUUAUAGAAAUUUAGAGCAUGAUAAGACAAGUGCUCUAAAGCAGUCAAAGGGCAAUUAUGGCGGUCACAUGAAUAUUUCCAAAAACUCAGAGCGUGAGUUAAAUUGGUGGCUUCAUAAUGUUAAUACUAGUUUCAAUACCAUAGAAAUUCCCCCAGUGGAUGUAGUGAUCUACUCUGAUGCCUCUCUGCAAGGUUGGGGAGCAGCCUUGGGUGAGCAGUCAACUGGGGGAGGUUGGGCACAAAGUGAGAAGAACCACAUAAACAUCCUUGAAUUAAAAGCAGCUCUUUUUGCUUCAAAGUCAUUUGCUUCUGAGGUCAAGGGAAAACAUGUUAAAAUUAUGAUUGAUAACAGCUCCACGGUAUUUAUUAUCAACAAUACGGGUACCAGUCAUAACGAUACAUGUAAUUCAAUUGCACUCGAGACACGCGAAUUUUGUAUCCAAAAUCAGAUUCGGCCUACUGCUACUCAUUUGCCGGGGUCAUGCAUUGUGGUGGCAGAUAGAGAAUCUAGAACCCUGUACAAGGAUGCAGAGUGGAUGCUAAAUCCUAAGGAUUUGGCAUCAGCACUGGAAUAA